GACUCAGCUGACAUCCUGAGGAAUUGGAGAUGAUAUUACAGUUUUGUGGAUUCCAUGACUGCUCUGUUUUGUAUGGUUAUAUCUUAGCUGUUCCUUACAUUAUUGCAAAUAAGGCUUUUUCAUUGACUUAUUUGUUGGUGAAGGCAUUGAAAAAGCUUUUCGAGUUUGUAAGUAAAAUCCUUUUUUAUGUGGAGGGAAUCAUGCUUAUGAACGUGGGAGUGGCACAGACCCUCUUGACUUUGUGUCUCUAAAAUGGGGUUCUAAAACAUUAAACAACCAAUAAACAAGAAACUGGGUCAUGGCUAGCACGUCAAGUUGUUCACCAACGUGAAAUCAAGCCAAACCUCUUCAUCCCUUAUAAAUUAGUGUUGUCAAGUCUUUCUGAAACACAAUCAUCAUUGAAACACAAAGCAUUAUUCAUUUCAUUCUACUACCAUGGGAAAUUGCAUGAAUGUUCUGUGCUGUUCAGAAGAAGAAAAGAGUGAAGCUCUCCUCUUCAACAAAGGAGACAAAGAUUUCAGUAGUACUCGACUGCCGGUUAAGAAGGUCCAUCAUGGUGUUCAUCGAAGCUCCAAGGUGGCAGACCACCAGUAUGCUCGUUUGCUGAAUAAGGAUGCAAAGAUGGAGCCCGGUAAAGUUAAGAUAGUUUUGACAAGGCAACAGCUAGAAUUGCUUUUGAAGAAUGCGAAGGAAUUGAGGAACAAGGGGAUCACAAUAAGAGUCUCUCGGAGUCAUAAGGAAUGCAAUAGCAGGAAAUGGCAGCCGUCUUUAGCCGCCAUCCCUGAGGUGAAGAAAUUUUGAGAUGGGAAGAGCUAACAUAAUAACUACUUCACCUGCUGCAUUUUGAAAGCAAUUAUAUAAGGAAUGUGUAUAAGUUUACAGAGCAAUUUUCACAAUGCUCAAAACUUUUUUAUUUAUUUUUGCCCCUUUUCUUUGAUUAAACAAGAGUUGUUAAA